AGGUGCCAUAAAUAUUCUGGAAUUUCAAAAUGGCGCCGGGUAGUAAGAAGCAGAAAAAGACGAAGUCUAAAAAAUCUAAAGGCAGCCAGUCUGGACUGAGUCGUAUCGCCUCUACUCUUGUGCCAAGCGCCAUUUUUGCAGCAGUACCGAGAACAUCAUCCAGUUUAUCGCAAACAUGGCCUCGUCGAUCGCCAUCUCCACUCGAGCAGGCAAUAGGCGAAGCAGGAAACGUCGGUAGGGUUUUAAUUGGUGAUCUUUCGAAACGACCGCGGGCGGAGUUACCUUCAGUUCCAGGAGAAAACGGCGAUGAACGCAGCGCAUCAGCUGAUCGACAGGGCAACGAACAUGAUCGUGACGAAAAGGUUAGGGAAGAUUGGGAGGACGACUAUGAAACCGUUCAUGGCAGCAAAAAGUUUGACAAGACUACAAAAUACCACAAGAUGACUAAGGAAGGUACAUUGGCUGUAACUGAGGAGAUGGAAGGAGCAACAGCCGAAAACGGUGGGGAACCAUCGCAACAUUUCUACCAUGUUUUAGAUCAUGACAGCGGUCAGGUCGUUCAGCCUGUAUAUUCGAGAGUUGACAAGAGGAAAAAAAGUGCAGCAAAACAAUCUGUUGAUGGAGACAAAGAAGAGAAAGAAUCACUGAGUGAGGUCAGUUAUAGUAGCGAUGAGCUCACAGAUGUUACCAGUCAUGAUGAAGAGAGCACAACUAGUGGAUCACGAGCAAAACGUUCUCUUGAUUUUGGUGGACGAAGAUGCAGUAGGAAAGGCAGCAGAGAGGAAAGUCAUGAUGGUCAGGAUAUUGUUGAUGGACCAGGAUCUCACAGCAAAAAAGGGAGCACUAAACGGCAGACCCCUGACACAAUUCAGGAGGUAUCAGAAGAUGCUGGUGAGGAAGGAGAUGGGGCAGCUCCUCCUCCUAUUCCACCUUACUUGGAAGACACAUCCCCAGAGGCUCCUGAACGUCGCCGUAGGAGUAGACAGAGGUCAGCACUGGAUCAGUUGGAUGGUCCAGGUGAGCCCCUUCCUCCCAUUCCUGGGGAUCCACCUGAGAACAGGCUCACGGAUGAACAGAGAAGAGCUCUGAAGGUUGUGGAGAGGUUAGGGUUUGAGGGAGUGUCUCAGAAACUUGCUCUGAGUGAUCUCUCUGAAGAUUCUGAAAGUUAUAUGACACCAGUGGUGCCCAAGAAUACUAUCGACUUCAAUGGAAAAACGACAUUUGAGCGAGAGCAGUUUAAUGAUACUUUGACAGAAAGUAAUGUCCCAGUGUCUGAAGCAACAAUCGAGGAAGCAAACCUAAGUUUAGGUCAAACAUUUUCUGGUCUGGAUGGUUAUGAACUUCAGGAGGAGCUGCAAUCUCCA